CUCUAGUGAACGCCGUUGGUUGCUCUGGUGAACCAACUCCGAUCUGUGUCGUUCUCCAGCUGAUUUCACAGUUGUUCGACGCCCGUUUCUUCUGUUCACGACAGCGUUCUCUGCGUUUUGUUCUUCGAUUGUUCCUACCGUAUUCAGCGGUUUGUUUGAGUCUUUGGUGGUCAGAAGGAUUGUCGUUGAGAACCAUUUCGCUACUCCCUUUUCCAUAUCAAAUAUGACGAUAUUCUCAACAAUUCUUGUUAUUCUUAACAUCCUUGGAAAUUGCUAUUGCCUAGCACAAAGCUUCUUGAGGGGAAAAUAGCUGGCCCGCUUGUCGCUGCUUGAAUUUUCAGUGUGGGUUUUUCAAAACAUCCCUCUAACUUCAGUUUCAAUGAAGUUUACGUGUUUGAGUAAAGGUGGUGGUUUCCAUUUCCCACCAUGUCACAUACUCGAAAUUUCUGGUUUUAGGAUUUUAUUCGAUGUCCCGUUGGACCUCUCAGCUCUUACGAUCUUCUCUCCUAUCCCAAUUGGUUUUGAGGAGCCUCUAUGUUCGCCAGAAUCCGAUAUUCCAAUAAGACAAGAAAUUGAAACCCCCUUUAGUGCCAAGGACUUGAUUUACUCCGAGCCUUGGUAUAAAACUGUUGAGAGCCUGCACUUGUGGAAGGAGUCUUCCAUUGACGUUUUACUUAUUUCUAGUCCAAUGGGUAUGCUUGGAUUGCCGUUUCUUACUCGGAUGAAGGGUUUCUCUGCUAAGAUAUGUGCAACUGAAGCUACUGCUAGAAUUGGGCAACUUAUGUUGGAGGACCUUGUGACAAUGCAUAUGGAAUUUAGACAGUUUUAUGGGGCUGAAGAGUCUAAUUUUCCUCAGUGGAUGAGGUGGCAAGACGUUGCCCAUCUUCCCUCUGCAUUGAAGGAGAUAGUUUCAGGCAAAGAUGGAGGGAAGUUGGGUGGUUGGAUGCCUCUAUACAGUGCAGUUGACGUGAAGAAUUGCAUGCAAAAGGUUCACACACUUAAGUAUUUGGAGGAAACCUGCUAUAAUGGUACAUUGAUUAUGAAGGCGAUCAGCUCAGGCUUAGAAAUUGGUGCUUGUAACUGGGCACUUAAUAGUCCAAAAGGGGAUGUUGCGUUUAUUUCCAGUUCCAUCUUUUUCUCUGGGCAUGCCAUGGGCUUUGAUUAUCGCGCUCUUGUUGGAUGUGAUUUGGUCUUAUAUUCAGAUUUCUCAUCCUUGUGUUCCACAGAUGACAGAGAGAAUGAAGACCAUGAUCCGAGCACUAAUGAUUCUGCAUCUCUCAGAUCCUUAACUGACAUCGAUGAUAAUUCAGAGGAAAGCGAGAAACUGUCUUUUGUGUGUGCAUGUGCUGUUGAUGCUGUCAAAACCGGUGGUUCAGUCCUUAUUCCUAUGUAUCGAAUCGGGAUUCUUCUGCAGCUAUUGGAGCAAAUAUCAGCUUCAUUAGAUUCUUCGAACUUGAAGGUUCCCAUAUACUUUAUAUCCUCUGUAGCUGAAGAAUUGUUAGCUUUAACAAAUAUCAUACCUGAGUGGCUGUGCAGAGAGAGGCAAGAAAAGCUGUUUUCUGGUGAGCCGUUGUUUUCUCAUGUGGAGCUCGUAAAGGAGGAAAAAGUUCAUGUGUUUGCUGCAGUUCAUUCGCCUGAAUUAUUAACAAAUUGGCAGGAGCCAUGCAUAGUAUUUUCUCCUAGCGGGAGUCUGCGACUUGGUCCUGUUGUUCAUUUGCUUCGGCAUUGGUGUGGGGAUCAGAACUCGCUACUUGUUCUUGAGAAUGGAAUUGAUGCUGAACUGGCUCUUCUGCCUUUCAAGCCCAUGGCAAUGAAGGUUCUUCAGUGUUCAUUUCUCUCUGGAAUAAAGUUGAGAGAAGUUCAACCACUGUUGGAGGUAUUGCAACCAAAAGUUGUUGCGUUACCUGAGGAUCUGAAGAAGAUUUGUUUUCCAACGUCAAUGCUGUUCUCAGUUUUGCGCUACACCGAAAAUGAAACACUAAUUAUAUCAAGCUUGAAGAGCUCGGAGGUAGAGAUUCCAAUGGACUUGGCCACUCAAUUCAAUUUCAAAAAGUUGAAACAAGAACACAUUAGUGUCACAAGGUUAAAGGGAGAUCUCACCAUUGGACAUGGCAAACAUCACUUGCUCUCCGGAAAUAAACCGACGGACUUGAAAUGUAGGCACAUUAUGCACUGGGGUUCACCAGACAUAGAGCGCCUUUUUGCUGCACUGUCAAAGAUGGGCAUUAAGGGAACUGUAGGAGGUGGCACGAUGGAUGCUGAAUCUGAAAACUUUUCUCAGGUACAGAUCACUGAACCUAGUAGAGCUUGCAUAGAAAUCCGGGCGACUAGUACAGUUAUUAUUACCAUCGAUGAGAAUUUAGCUUCCCGUAUUUCGGAUGCUAUUUGUAGUGUUCUGGCUGGUAUUUAGGGGACAAAGAUAUGCUGUUACAAAUAUCUACUAGCAAAACAUGGUGAUGUCCUGUAAAUUAUCAAAUACUUGUUCAGUAACAUGCUCUGCAAAAUGUUAUAUUUUCGGAAGAAAUAUUAUUAAUAUCUCUUUUUCCACUAAUUUCUUGUGA